UGUGUUCUUUCAGUGAAAAGUUAUAUCAGAAAAAGCAAAAAGUUGAACGGUUUAAGGUUUGUACAAAAUUUUUUGAACAUUUCACUUCACGAAGUUUUCAGCGUUUCGUUUCCGAGUGUUUCGGUAGUAAAAAUCACAUGCAUUUGGGGUUAGUGGUAAGGCUGGAUUUUGGUGGAAAUAGUGGGCGAGGUGGAAAAAAAUUUAGGGGAGGUGCAGCAGUCUAGCUCACGAUCCCCAUGGAAAGUUAGAGCUUAGAACGAGCCAAAGUCAACGUCAUGACGUAUGCAUGUAGUGUACAUAUGUAUCCAGUGUAUUAAUGAAUUAUGACUGCACAACAAGGAUUCUUCGCACAGAGAUGAAUGGCUAUCACUGUUUCAAUUUUACAGAAAAACUUUCUUUCGAAGUGUAGACCCUAAACAACCAAAAAAGUCAAAUUUUCACUUUGAUCUAUCAUUGAAACUUUCCCAAGAGGAGGUGCAUGACUUUUCAGGGGAGGUGAAAAAAUUCUCAGGGAGGUGCAAAACGAUCUCAGGCGAGCGCCUCCCCUCAAAAUCCGGCCAUUGUUAGGCACUUCAAACUUAGAAGUUAACACUUAAUCAUCUUCGAUAUUAUAAUUCAUAUUCUAGGAGAUGAUAAACCAAGUGAGGGAUUGUCGUCGUCUUGAAUCUUUGGGAAGCGAUCGUAAUCAUAGUCGAUACUGGUUGUUUCAGUCACAUCCUGAAGCAUUGUUUGUAGAGAAGAUAGCUUCCCCUGACAUAAAGGCGACGGAGUGUCCUGACAUUGGGGAUGUGGAGAAUGAAAAUCUCAAAGAUGGAAAGAUAGAUCCGUUAUCAAGGUAUUAUAGAGGUUCAGAUUUGACUUCCACUACCAUUACCUCUCACAGGCUUAGUACGCAUCUGAUUGGUUAAUCGGAUAUAUCAAGCACAUCUGAUUGGUUAAUCAGAUAUAUCAAACACAUCUGAUUGGUUAAUAGUCCAUUGAUGAUAGCGGUAGUAAAAAUCUGAACCUCUCUAUUAAUGACGCGACGACGACCGCUGAUUUGCUUUUGUUGUUGUUUAUAUUGUUGUUGUGUUGUUGUUGUUUUAUUAGUUAUGUUUCUGUUGUUGUGUUGUUGUUGUUGUUGCUAUUGUUGUUCUGUUGUUGCUAUUGUUGUUCUGUUGUUACUAUUUUCUGUGAAAUCUGUUGCUGUUGUGUUAUUGUGUUGCUGCUGUGUUAUUGUGUUGUGUUGUUGCUAUUUUUGUGAAUUCUGUUGUUGUUGUUGUUGUUUUAUUAGUUAUGUUUCUGUUGUUGCGUUGUGUUGUAGUUGCUGUUCUGUUGUUGCUAUUGUUGUUCUGUUUUUGUUGUUGCUAUUUUUUGUGAAAUCUGUUGUUGCUGCUGUGUUGUUGUGUUGUGUUGUUGCUAUUACUGUGAAAUCUGUUGUUGUUGUUGUUGUUGCGUCGUUGUUGGUGUUUUGUUGUUGUUGCUAUGUUGUUGUUAACUGUUGCUGUGUUGUUGUUGUUGCUGUGUUGUUGGGUUGUUAUUGUUGUUGUGUUUUUUUGUUGUUGUAGUUGCUGUUGUUUUUGUUGCUGUAGUUUCUCUUGUUGUUGUUGUUGUUGUUGUUGUUGUUGUUAUUGUUGUUAUUGGUGGUGGUGGUGGUGUUGUUGAUGUUGUUGCUGAUGAUAUUUUUUUGUGAAAUCUGAUUUUGUUCUUGUUAUCACAAAAUUGCUUCAUCUUUUCUUGCAGCAAGGAGUCAUGGUUUUAUUACAACACAAAAGCAGAGAUAGAUCGUUUAAUAUCCUCGCUUAAUGUUCAGGAUGAAAACGAAAGCGCUCUCAAACAGAAACUGAAAGGAUUGAAGAAACAAACAAAGAAACUGCAUUUUGAAAAAAGGUGUUGUAUUUUAACCCUUGAUGAGAGAAUUCUAUGUAAUAUCGACUUGAACUAAGCGGGUCAUGUGAUCUCAAUAUGAUUACGAUAAUUUGGUCUAUUCCUUAGAAUUAAUGCUUUUCAGAUUCUGGCUGGAAUAAAAAUAUUUUAUUAAUUUCAUGUCGUAUAGACAAACAGAUUCAUCGAAAGCCUGCUCAGAGGAAGACAGCAUUGAUCAUUUGGGAAUUCUGAAAGGGGUAAGCCAUUACAACAUCGGUACAUUCAUAUUUACUUUCAAGUAUUCCUAAAAUAUGCAGGCCAUUUAAAAACGUUGCUCGACUAAGUGCUACAUAUAUACCUGACCAUAGACAACAUUGAUCAUUUGGGAAUUCUGAAAGGGGUAAGUCAUUACAACAUCGUAAACUUCAUGGUCAUUUAAUUUAGAAAACAGCCUUCCAAUCCUGGAUUAUGGAGGGGAAAUUAGAGACGAGAAAACCUUUAUCUAUAUUUUACACUGAAAAGCUCUGUCAGUUCUAAACUGUUCUUCUUAGAGGUCCGUGUGCACACGUUGCAAAAAACGCACAAGUUGCCGCAAUCCUGCAGCAGACUUGUAGCAAUGCUGUUCCAACAAUUUGUCAACAGGAUGUGUUCGCACUGCAUGUUCCAAGCUUGUUGACAAGUUGGCAACUUGCUACAAGGUUGUUGACCUCAACAGACUUGUUACAAGUUGUUCCAACAACUUGUUAUCGUCCUGCAAUUCAACAAGUUGUGAAUGACAACCUUGUAGCAACUUGAUAAAACAACAGUAUUGUUACAGCUUGUUGACAAGCUUGCUACAAGCCUGUUGUGAACACAUCUUGACACGUCUUGUUGACAAGUUGUGGGAUUUUUACGUGUGUAUAUAUGUUUGACAUGGAGUGUAUUAUGGGAGAUUUAGAAACCUUUAAUUCUCCAUGGUUUCUUCUCUUUGACUUCCUCGUCUUUCUGGCUUCGUAUACUGUAGUUAUUGCUAUAAGAAUCAGUGUUGUUCUAUGUUCAGGAAAUGUCUUAUCUGGCCAGCCGUAUCAUUGAAGGAGAUAUUGGAUGCAUGGAAAAUUUAGAAACCUGGUCGGAGAAUGUCAUGUCGCGAUCCUCUUUUGCUGAUCUGGUAAAAAUAUUUUGAAAAUAUUUUUAUAUAUUUUAAUCAAACCUUUCACCGUAGCUGUGCUCUGUAAUCAGACGUGAGUCAUAAGGUGGCUGCCAUAUAGGCGUCCUUAGAAAGCCUUCGUCUCGAUCAGGUUGAGCUGCGUCCUUCGUGAUUCAGCUUAGCUGUCAGCUGCAAGUAAGAAUGAUUAGCAUACCCCACUGAGUGUGAUCAUGGUUUUUUUCAGGAUUUUCUCUUGGCUCCGUUUUGCAGAGAAGAUUGAGUUUAGCUGAACAGCUGGGUCUGGGGUGGCUGUCUCCCCUACCGGGAGGUUGAAACAUGUGUCCACUUUAGUGUAUUUGAGAUGCAAUGUGUUAAAGCAGGGGCACUAAAGGACACUAUAAACUGGUUAAAGACGGCAAAUGCGUUGUUUUUCUUGUGUUGUGAAAUGAUUUCCAUCGGGUUUUCAACUGAAAACUAAUUUGCACAGGUCAUGAAUUUAACUCAAACAACUUCAUUUUACUGCACAAAAUCUUUUGAUGAGAAGAUUCAGUUUCAAAACUCAAUUCAAGAUUGAGUUUUUGGGGCCGUUUUACGGCCCUAAAAAAUCCCUGAAAAAACCCCUGGUAAUAUAAACGUUAACAGAAAAUUAGACUUCUCGAUUAAUUUGUAUAGGUAAUACUGUGAUUUCUUGUGCAAUUUGGAAAAAAACAUGCACGAGUGAGUUUUUCAAAGACUUUCAAAAUUGCAUGAGUCCGAAGGGCGAGUGUAAUUUGAAGUCUUUGAAAAACUCAGGACUGUAUGUUUUUCCAAAUUCCACGAGAAACCAUACUAUUACUUAUUAAUAUAAUAUACAUGAAAAAAUUAUGCAGUCAUCUGCGUGAGUAGGUCACGUGCGAAGUAGGUCACAUGCGAAAUCAUUUUAAUAGAAAAUCUACUGAAAACGCCAGCCAUUUUCGUGAUUUAUAAAUAUUUGGGUUUUUGUAUUAUUUUCAGCUAGAAAUGGCUGUAUCUCACAGUCUUGCCAAUAGAAGCGUUCCAAAAAUGUUGACCAGUUCAUUUCCUAACUUCGAGGAGUUCCUCUGAACAAUUCCUCAACAAUUUGAUAAGUUCCUUAAACAGUUCCUAACUUCCUGUUUCGUUGACCAAUCAGAUUGCUAAAAUAUAAAAUUUGAUUGGUCAAUGAAACAGGAAGUUAGGAACUUUUUAAGGAACUUAUCAAAUUGUUGAGGAAUUGUUCAGAGGAACUCCUCGAAGUUAGGAAAUGAACUGGUCAACAUUUUUCGUAACGCUUCUAUUGGCACGACUGUAAGUCAAUGAAAUUUGCAUUGUAUUUCAUUUUGUGGCACUGUAUUUCGAAAAAAUUGCACUGUUCUUGGCCAAUCAGAAUUGAGAAAUUUCUUCAUGUAUAUUAGUAUGACAGUAACAUUGUUUUUCGCAGGUGACGUUAGCGCUGGAACUUGCUACCGCAGUGAAAAUCAAAAGUUUGUGGAAAAAGUUGGGCGAUCGAGAAGAAUGGUUGAAAAAGGACUGGGUUCAAGCCGUGAAAGACUCGAUGACGUCAUCAAGACUAUGCUUUUGUAUCGCGAUGUUAGAUUACUGUAUUAUGUGGGAUAUAAGCACAUUGUUCAUAGUAAGAUUACACUUGAUAAUUUCUAAACUGUGUCCAAAGUAAACUAACUUUAUUUAUACUCUAUAGCUCUAUUAGUUCUAAACUGUUCUCUCUAGAGGUUCAUAAAGGAUCAUCUCUUGUUGAUCCAGUGUUACUACAGGAAGAAAUCUAAACUAAACUAACUUUAUUUAUACUGGAUAGCUCUAUCAGUUCUAAACUGUUCUCUCUAGAGGUCCGUCGAAUAUCUUAUUAUCAUUGUAACUGCAUGGGUAUAUUGAUUUGUUUUCUUUUGUAGAAAUGUAAGAUAUGUCGACGUAGUGCAGGAACCAUGGCUGUAUGCGACAAAUGUCGGAAAGGAUUUCAUAUUGGAUGUUUAAGACCCGCCUUAGACGAUGUACCUGACGAAGACUGGCUGUGUCCAGUCUGUAUAGUAAGUACAACUAGCUGACUCGGUUGUGAAACUCAUUAAUAAUUCAUGAAGAAAAUUCAAAAAGAAAUCAUGAGCGUGAAGGAGUUCUGUAUAUCUGAUACAGAAAUCAUGCUGAUUUACAUCAACUUUAACUUCCAUUUUUUCACCAAAUAUCAUUCAUUUAUUUUAAUUUGUUGAAGAAUACGAAUGUUCUCAUCAAGACGUUUCACAAGCUUUUUACUUCGGCUCGAGUUUGUAUAUCCGAUACAACAACAAUUGCUCAUGUUGCAAAUAGUAUUUAUAUGACAAUGCUCAUUUGAAUAUUUUCAGCCCGUUGACGAGCAAAGAACACGGCGAGCAGUCACGAAGAAAAAGGUAUGAUCCGUUAUUGAUCAGGCCUACACGGUAGUGCUGGACAUUGUCCGGCCAAAUUUUACCUUUUGUCUCAUCAAAGCUUUUUAUGCAUGGGACCGGACAUGUGACCAUGCAGACCGAUUUAUGCUGGUCAAAUCUCCAAUCUCAAAAAUUGUUUAUUUAACGCAUUUUUUUAUUAAUGAAACCACCAAGAAAGCAAUAUAGACAGCACUUCUCCACUAUUUCUUGCUGCAUUAAGCCGUAAGAUUUAAUUAUAAAUCUACAUCACCUUCGUAUAUAACAUAGUAGAAAUUAAAGUGAUGUAUAACCUGAACUAUAAUUUACUGAUGCAUUAGGACUGGUAGAUAUAUACUCAGUUUUAGAUGCAUUGCACUGCGGACUAACAUGACCAGGCAAAAAACAUCGUGCUAAUUUUUAAAAAAAAUAUGAAAAAUUUUACUUUGUCCGUUGUCUGAGAAAAAUUGUUAAAUGUCCAACCAAUUUUUGGCUUGGUCAGACAUUUGUCCUUGCAAGUAAAAUAACUAUUUGCAGGCCUGCAGAUUGCUACUUUACAGUAAUAAUGUAUGGCAUGGCACAGGUUCCCGCGGCUUUUUGUAUCAGUAAACACGAAGCUUUAGGAAGAUGUUCUGUGACUGGCUGAUUAUGACAAUGACAGGACGUAAUUGGCUUACAUAAACAAAAGGAAUAUUGUUCUUGCUUCGUUCUUUAGAAAAUCCAUUCUAUAACUUAUUCUUUUGUCAUUGUCAUAAUCAACUAAUCACAGAACAUAUUCCUAGAGCUUCAUGCCGACCCUUUUGUAUGAGCAUGUUUGUUCUCUUUUAGCCUGACAUUGUUGACGAAGAAAGUCAGGAGGAGAACGAUGAUUAUUGUGAUGUCUGCGGUGGUGAUGGUGAACUUAUCUGUUGUGAUAACUGUCCCAAAGUUUACCAUAAAGAAUGUCAUGAUCCACCAUUGAGAAAUAUUCCCAGGUAUUGAUUUAUCACCUCAGCAACUAAUCUGGUGUGAUGACAGGGUCGCUAUAUAGUAGCCUAUCUUUCAAUAGGUUUUGUGAUUGAUUGAUUAUAAGGGACUACUGUAGUCAUUAUUUAUGGCGGGUGAACAAUUUUCUGAUCCAACCAUUAAAAAGUCAAAAUUUUACCCAACCUCAAAUAUCAAUAAAAAAAUAAAUACCCACCCCCGGCCAAAAACUUUACAAAAGGAUACCAUUCAGUUGUCAUACAUGUCCUUUACCACUUCUGUGACAUGAAUUUUACAAAUAGCAGUUCAAAGUUUCGUGUUGUCUGCACAUGUACUUUCUUUGGAGACACCAUUCGCCUCCUGGCCAAUCGGAAGAUGAUCAAGAUAGUGACUCUGACUGAUUUAAAUAUCGUAUUAGCAUAUGACCGUUGACCGUUUGUAAAUAGUUUGUGUUUUUCAUUGCAAAUUGUCCUUUAUUGUACAUAAUCUAUUUUUACAGUAUUACUGAACACUAAAACUUUAGGGGCCUCGUCAUAAAAGUCCAACAGGAUUUCCAGAGGUCUCUAGCCCGUUAUACUAUUCUAUUAAACAUUCAACUUGUAAAUAUUUUUGUGGGUAAAUAAUAAACUAAACUAAUUCUUCGGAAAUGACAAUACAUUUUUAUUACCCAACCCUUGAGUUGUUUUGUUUUUCAUUUACCCAACCUUUUACUCACUCAAAAUUUUGUUUACCCAACCAUUUUCUCUUCGAAUUUUUUCUAUAUUAUUCAGGUAGUUUUCUUUAGCAUACACUGUUUUAUGACACUAAUAGACAAUUCCCAUUAUAGACUAAUUUUAAAACUGGGCAAGGAGAUGCAAAUAAAUCACCACAGCUAAAAAGAGCAUACUAAAACUAGUAAAUUUGCAAAGUUUGCUUGCGAAAUGUUGUAAAAUGCGGAAAAUAUAGCUUUGCAAAGUUUGCAAAUUUUGUAUAUACUUUUGUAUUGCGUGCGGAAAUUGCUACCAUUUUCGGCCCAAAUGUGGUAGGAAUUUCGCACGCAAUACAAAAAGUAUACAAAAAUUGCGAACUUUGCAAGGCAAUAUUUUCCGCAUUUUACAACAUUUCGCAACCAAACUUUGCAAUUUUACUAAGUUUUGUAUGCUCUUUCUUGCUGUAGUGAUUUAUUGGCAUCUCCUUGUCUAGUUUUAUAAUUAAUCUAUAAUGGGAAUUGUCUAUUCAUCAUGUACUAUUUCUAAAUUUCAGAGGUGUUUGGCAGUGUUGUAGUUGUCAGGGCAGGCGACCCACGGCAAAGAAACGUAGCCUUCCCGCAGACCGUGAGGAAUAUUUUGAUCUCGAGUGCUCUUAUUCCGAGUCAAGUUCAGAGGAGUCUGGAUUUGAUGUUGAUGAUACAGCGGCUGUGGAAUGGGCUGACCGCGCUAAGAGACGAGAAAGGGAGAAGGAAGAGGCCAAGAGUGAAAGGUAGGAUGGAAAAUAAUAUGUAUGAGGUGUUUAGUUUAGUUUAAUAGAUUUACCACAGAUUACAUACGAAACAUAUUGCAGACAGUAGUUACAGUUUGUGGCAGGGAAUGAAAACAGGACGAAAGUCCCAAUUGACAUUCAAUCCCUAGGGCCAAAAAAAAAAUAUGUGGGUUUCCGGUUUCCCGACCCUACCUAGCUUUUGGACGUCGAAAUCCCGACCCUAAACUUUUUUAUUGGAUCAUGGUUGUAAGUGUUUCCACUUAGAGAAAAAAGUUUGUGGAAAAUUGAAAUUUGAGGCAAUAUCAGGGAAAUUUAUCUUUGGAUGUGGAAGCACUGACUAAACAAAAUAGCGUCCGCUUGUUCGGAAAAUUAAAAAAAAAAGUUAAAAAAAAAGUUAAAACCGACCUACCCUACCUAAGUUUUUAUAAGAAGAAACCGGAAACCCACAUAUUUUUUUUUUGGUCUAGUUGUGACACAGUAUAUAGUACACACGUAAAAACCUCACAUCUUGUAGCAAGUCUGCCAACAAGUCGUCAACAAGUUGUGUUCGCACUGCUUGUCCCAAGUUGUCAACAAGUUUGGAACAAGCUGUUUAACAACUUGUAACAACCUUGUUGAUAUUAUCAGACUUGUUGCAAGGUUGUUCCAACAAGUCCGAUACAGUCACGGUAUAACAAUAUUGUUACAAUCUUGUGUCGUCAGCCUUGGAACAUUCUUGUUAUAUCAUGGCUGUAUCAGACUUCGUAGAACAACCUUGGAACAAGUUUGAUAAUGCCAUCAAGCUUGUUACAAGUUGUUAACAGCUUGUUCCAAACUUGUUACAACAACUGAGAACAAGUCCAUAAUGGCACUAGUCGUCUUGGUUGACAAAAUUUCUCAUUUUGUGUCUAUUUUAUCUUUAUUUUUGUAGUUGCUUUUUCAAAUCCAAAAAAUAUAUUUGAUAAGAAAAUUCACAACCCCCUCCUCCCUUAUCAAGGCUAGGAGGAAUGCACACACCCUGCACGCCCCAGUAAAUGCAUCCCUAAGUUCUUUGUACGUUUGCAUGGCGAUAAAACAUAUAAUAAUUUUGUUUGUGGAAACACCACGUAAAUUUAUUACUGCAGUAAUAAAUUUACGUGGUGUUUCCGCAAACAAAAUUAUUAAAUGCAUCCCCGUUAACAGUGUACCUUACACACGUAAAAACGCACAAGUUGUUACAAGUCUGCAAACAAGUUGUUACAAGUCUGUUCACAAGCUGUCGCCAAGUUGUGUUCGCACUGCUUGUUCCCAGUUGUUUUUGUGUAACAAGUUUGGGACAAGCUGUUAACAACUUGUAACAAGCUUGAUGGCAUUAUCAUAGUUGUUACAAGGUUCUAACAAGUCUGAUACAGUCACGAUAUAACGAGAAUGUUACAAGGUUGACGACACACAGGGUUGUAACAAUAUUGUUAUAUCAUGACUGUAUCGGACUUGUUGGAACAACCUUGCAACAAAUCUGAUAAUGCCAUCAAGCUUGUUACAAGUUGUUAACUGCUUGUUCCUAACUUGUUGACAACUUGGGACAAACAGCGCGAACACAACUUGUUGAUAGCUUGUUGGCAGACUUGCUACAAGAUGUGAGAUUUUUACGCGUACAGAUCUCUAUGUAGAACAGUUAUAACAUCAAUAAAUAGAAUAGUUGAAGACACAGCAGCAAAGAGCGAAACGUUUUCUUGUCUUGAUCUCUACAGGUCAAAGAAAAAGAAGAAAGCCAACAAGAGAAAAGGAAAGAAAAGAGCUUCAUUAGACAACACUGAAGACAGACAGAAGGAUAUUCAAAACAAGAAAUGUCGUGAAACCAUCAGGGAAUAUUUAAACGAAAACACUUCUGAAAAUGAGAAUAGUUCACCAAGAGAAAAACGAACAAGGCUGGAGAGGUGUGUAACUAUAACUCUUGAUUAUUUAGUACCCUUUGAAUCACAUCUUUGAGUAUAAUCUUGUCUCAAUUGGAUCAAUAAAAGAUUUAUUUACCUUCACUGGUCCUCUAGGAAGAACAGUUUAGAACUGAUAGAGGCAGAGCUAUCCAGUAUAAAUAAAGUUAGUUUAGCAAAGGUUUCCUUCUGUAGUAACAUUGGAUCAAUAAGAGAUGAUCCUUACUGAACCUCUAGGAAGAACAGUUUAAAACUUACAGAGCUAUCCAGUAUAAAUAAAGUUAGUUGAGGUUCCUCUUGUGGUAACACUGGAUCAGUAAGAGAUGAUCCUUACUGGAACUCUAGGGAAAACAGUUUAGAACUGGCAGAGCUAUCCAGUAUAAAUAAAGUUAGUUUAGUUUAGGUUUCCUCUUGCAGUAUAACACGAGAUAAGAGAUGGCUCUUACUCUACCUCUUAAGGGAACACUAAGGGAUGAUUCUUACUGCACCCUCCAGGCAGAACGAACAGUGAAGAACUGAUAGAGCUAUCCAGUAUACAUAAAGUAUGUUUGGUAUAAGUUUCCUCUUGCAGUACACUGGGUCGAUUCUUGAUAGGUGGUCUAGAGUUAUCUAGUAUAAAGUUGGUCCAGAUUUAUUUCUGGUUGAAACAUUCAGUAGCUAUUUCUCAAAAGAAGUAACACUUUGUUUGAAAUUUCUUUCCUGUUUCAGGAAUGAAGAAAACACGCGCCGUUCAAGUAGAAAAAGAAAGUGUAGUUCCUCAGAAGAUGAAUGUCAUGUAGCGAAGAGAAAACCAAGACAAAAUUCUGAGGUUGGUUCUUUUUCAUACCAAAUGUGAAAGCUGGAUAUAGGAAGCCGAAUGCCAAUGAACAAGCUUAUAUAAUUAUGAUUCAGUAAAGGUGUCACUGAGAGCUAUCUUUAUAAAUACGACUAAACUAACUUUUUGUAUACACCCUGUAUAUCUUAUAUAUACCUGUCUGACUUAUCUUGCUUUCUUUGUAGUUAAGAAUGUGCGAGAAAUUGUUAAAAGAUCUAAUGCAUCAUGAAGAUAGCUGGCCAUUUACUGAACCAGUUGACACUUCUGAGGUUUGUACAGACGUGUCUAAACCGAGUUAUCUGUUGAGAUUCAUCAAGGACCCUUUCCAACCACGUAUUCUACCUAUGUUUUAGGUGCCUGAUUAUUUGGAAGUUGUUGCAUGUCCAAUGGAUUUCGGCACGAUGAAAAGAAAAUUAAAUGCAUUUGAAUAUAAUAGCUAUGAAGAUUGUAUAAAUGAUAUCAAACUUGUGUUUGCCAAUAGCGAUCAAUAUAAUUUGGUAAGUAUAUACAUUGGUUUUUGAAUGAAAUAUUUUGUGACGCAAAACGAGUUUCCCGUCUAGUAAAACUGAGUUUAGUUUUGAAAUGACAUCUUUUUCUCCCAAUUAAUUAUUUUUACGAAAGUGCAAGAACUUGACCCAACCUUUCCUACUUUUAGGACUUGAUCAAAACUUCAUUCAGUCCUAGGACUCGAUCAAAACUUCAUCCAGUCCUAGGACGUGAUAAAAACUUCCUGCAGUCCUAGAACUCGAUAUCAAAUUUCGUCCAGUCUUAGAACUUGAUCAAAACUUCAUCCAAUCCUAGGAGUUGAUCAAAACUUCAUCCAAUCCUAGAACUUGAUCAAAACUUCAUCCAAUCCUAAGACUUGAUCAAAACUUCAUCCAGUCCUAGAACUUGAUCAAAACUUCAUCCAAUCCUAAGACUUGAUCAUACUUCAUCCAGUCCUAGAACUUGAUCAAAACUUCAUCCAGUCCUAGGACUUGAUCAAAACUUUAUCCAAUCCUACAACUUGAUCAAAACUUCACCCAUGCAUUCCUGGGACUUAAUCAAAACUGUCCAGUCCUAGAAGUCGAUUAGAACUUGUCACAUAUCCUCACAUAAGAAGUCGAUUAGAUCUAGUCACAUAUCCUCUAAUCCUCUAAUUAAUUUUUUUAGAGCACAUCAGAUCACGGAUUGGCAGGAAUUUCCCUUGGAGCUUACUUCAAAGACAUAUUACCAAAUUACUUCCCAAAAUAUGAACUGCAGGAACUACCACAGAAAUCUUCAAGUCGGGAGUUACGAAAACGUAGAUCUUAAAUGGAUAAUAUUAAACGUAGAUCUUAAAUGGAUAAUAUUGCGUAAUAGAUGGAGACAAUGUUAUAAUCGUCUAUUAUCAGUAAUAAUCUUUAGUUAGGAGAGACAUUGUUGUGUUACAUAAUAAAGAUAUUCACAAAUGCUUUACAUCAUAAAUAAAAUGAUUUUUUUUUGUAAAUGCAGAGAAAUAUUAAAAAAAUUUAGGUGCGGUCAAUAUUGAUAAAUCAUAAGGUCAGCACUUUUUUCUAUCCAGCAAACCGCCCUAUCGAUUUUGUGAAGUCGUUUCUUUUUGGAUUUUUUUAUUAAUUCGGUUAGGGUUAGAGUUGGGGUUGAGGUUAGGGGUUAGAGUAGGGGUAGGGUUUGGGUUAGUUACAUAGCCAUUUAACACCUCUUCUAUCUUGCAAAAAUGACGUCAGGUCAGUUUGCUGGAUGGAAAAUAGUGCUAACCAAAUCAUAAUGGUAGAUUUUAGGUACAUUUAUGGACAUUUAAGCACAUUUAUUGAUGGGGUUUGGCCGUUUAGGUACAUUUGUGUACAUCUAAGUACUUUGAUGUGCUUUAUUACCCUAAUUGUCAAAGUGGUUCUAUGUUCUUAGUGUUAGUACCCUAACUAUCCGUAGAUGUAUAUUUUGUGUUCAAUAAAGACCUACAAUAUCCUC